UAUAAGAUGGAUAGUUAAUAGAUUUCGGUGAGUAUAAAUACGAGGCAUUUCACUUAGAAGCUAUCAGUCGUAAAAGUCGUGAAGUAAAAAAUGAAAUUCUACGUUUUUCUAAUUGCCCUGUUUGGCUUGGUAUUUGCCGAAGAGCAAGUCAAACCAAUACCUCGUGAAGAAGUCACAAUGUACCGCCUGGAAUGCUUGAUUCAAAACCCCAAGGACAGUAAAUACUUUGUAAGUCCAUUACAUUUAGAGUAUCCAGAUGUACCAGAGGUAAAUUCACAUAUGGAUUGUGUGGCAGAGAAAUUGGGUGCCUUGGACCGCAAAACUAACCAAAUUAAUGUGGAUAGAGUGGCCACAUUUUUCUCCGUGGACCCAAAUAAUGCUGAAGAUAUGGAUAUAAUUAAGAAUUGUGCUGAUAAAAUCGAUGAGGAAGAGAUACAUGUACGUCCCGGAUACUUGUGUUUAUUGAAUACGAGGCUUCGAGACAAUAUGAAGAAAUAUCUCGUGGGUGAAUGAUUAUAAUCACAAUGCUUAUUAAUAACGAAUAACUAUCGUUCUUAAAUUCUUAUCGAAAACUACUUAAAAUUUGUUAUCAUUAAUUAAAAUGUGGACCAUCUUUGGGAUAUUUUAUUUCGCAUUAAAAUAAGUGAUUUUACAGAGCAAGCAA